CUGGUCUGUAUGAUGGUGACCAUCUGGAUUGGGGGCGACAUAGCUGCGUAGGAGCAGCUAGGGCAAAGAAGAAGAACAACUCAGACUUCCGUUUCCUGUUAAAAGAUCCGCGCUACAACAUCGCAUCAUCAGAAUGCCGAAAUCAAAGGAAGUGCUGUCAUCCACAUCUGGAAGUGAUUCUGACAGUGAAGUAGAGACUAAGGCAAAAAGAAAGAAGCCAAGUGCACCAGAAAAACCAGCCAAGAAACAAAAAAGCGGAGAGAGCUCAAAACCUGGUAGCUCCUCCAAAGGCAGUGGUGAUGGAGACAACAUGUUCCAGAUUGGUAAGAUGAGAUAUGUCAGCGUUCGAGAUUUCAAGGGCAAAGUCCUGAUUGACAUCAGGGAAUACUGGAUGAACCAAGAUGGGGAGAUGAAGCCAGGGAAGAAAGGCAUCUCCUUGAAUCCUGAACAGUGGAACCAACUAAAAGAACAAAUGUCAGAAAUUGAUGAUGCAGUUAAGAGAUUAUAAAUAUUCCUUUCAUCUUUACCUGUUGAACUAAUUGGGCAUGUUUGUUAGCUAGUUUUGUAAAGCCUUUGGAUUUAUUUCCUAAUUUGUAACUUUUAGGUUUAGUUAUGUGCAAACCUUGACUUUGUGUGUGAAAGUUAUUUUGAGCUAUUCUUGUGGGUUGUGGGGAGAGGAAGUAGGUGGAUAAUCAUUAUACUUUGUUGGGCAUAGUGCACCAAUUCAGUGACUACAGUCAUGUUUUUGUAUUGAUUAAUAAAAACAAUUCACUAGCUUAA